CAAAAGUUUUGAGACACUCCUCAUUUCUUUAUGCUUUGCCAGGAAAAUGAAAAAUAGGUGCAGCGACUUAUUGAAGGAUCUUGAAAGUCAAUAUUUGCCAGAUAAACUUUUUUUCCGUUAAUUAGUUUUUGAGAAUACCUCUCCAAAUAAAAUGUCUAAAGAAAAUGUAGAAUUGAUUCCUUGAUUCUCCGUUAAGUGUAAACACAACACAGGUUCAUCCCUUGAGUUAGGGAUGCCUUUUUACGCCGAUGCUGAUUCAUACGUCGGUUUUAAGAAAUAUAAUAAGUAAAAACACAAACAAGACUCUCUGAAAAUGGCCAGUUACAAGGACUGGACUGAAAAUAAGAGAAAAGGCAGCCAAUGUCCAAGGAAAAACUUUGAAAAACCUUCACAAAGCACAGAGAACCAUUGCUCACGACUGGCUGGCCCUCCUGGGAGCAAAAGGUAAAGAAAUGUCAGAGUUUUGUUUAUAUUAUAGGAGGCGUUUCUCAUUUUUGUCCAUCCCAUUUAUGUUCAUGGUGCUGUGCUUGCGUGUAUAAUACGAAGCAAUUCAAAAGCACCACAAGCCCCAAAACCACCGCAAAGUUCACGUCAUGUGAUCAGUCAAACAAACAUGAAGGCUGUACUGUUGUGUUGCUAGGAGACCCUAAUAAACCAUGGCAUUUUUCUCUUUGUGACCGUUUCAUAGUCACAUUUUUUCCUUUAGUCUCAGAGUGCAGAACAGAGUGAUAUGAGUCAAAAUCUGGAGUAUCUGUAUCUGACUUCAUGUCUUAUCACCGCGUGUGUCCAUGUCUGCUGCAGCUUCCAGUGCAGACUUAAUCACCAUUUUCUAGGAGCAACAAUAAGAGGAGGUUGCUCUUUGAGUGUGCCCUUCUUUGUCUGUCUCCACACUGCUCUCUGUGAGCUUUCCCAGCAUGCUUUUCUCACGAUGUAAUGUCACACCGGAGUAUAAGGUGACUCCCUGGAGCCAGAGGCUUUGAGGUCAUCUUUACACCACUGUGCCGAGAGGAAAGGUGCCCAACGCUGUACAGUACACUGUACUGUAGGUGGCUGUGUGGGGGGGAGCUGUGUUUCUGUGGAGUUUGAGUAAACGUGGAGUCUAAUGCUAACAAUACAACACUGCAUUCACCAUUACUACCCAGGGUCUGAUGAUAAAUAUUGAUAAAUAUUGGUACAUCUGAGUGUUUAAUGACCUGAUUAUAUUUUUUAUGUUGUUCCAAAAGAUGACACCUGCAUAAUCCCUGCUAAUUGGAUCUAAAAUUAAUUUAAUGAGCUUGACAAACUGGCGUGUGACUGUGUGCGUUUCUGCUUCAUCCAGAGCCUGAAGCCUGACGCCUAAAGCCUUCCAAGGAGACUCUGUUCAUUUUUAGUACUGGGCGGGCCCUUGUUAUGAACUAUAAACAGCUCAGGUAGAAGGAAAGUCCCCAAUGAGAGUGCAGCGUUUUCAUUUACAGUAAGUAUGUGUUCCUGGUGCGAUGCAGAGAAAUGACAGACCAGCGCCACUACAUACUUUGGGCAGGUGUUGUCGUUUUAACGCUAUUAUUACCACCUGUCACACGUGAUGGUAAUGAUUAUUUAUGAAACAAUGUGCAUAACUUCACAGACAGACGGACACAAAGUCUGAGCAAACAAGGGGCUGAUUUAUCAAAGCUGGAUGCCUUUCGACUGAAAGCCUGCUGUGACCUGCUGCUGCUCAGUCAAUCAAAAAGGAAAGGAAAACAAGAACACCCGAGGCCUUCCCUUUAACAACUAUUUUUUUGGGGGGGGUUUAAAUAUAGUUUUAUAUCAGGUAAAAUGACAUAUUUUAGAGGGCUUGGUCCACCUUUGGACAUGAAUGUCACCAGACAAGACAGAUUUGUUCCAGGACCUCACGGAUCACUGCUAACUCCUAAGUGAAGUUCAGACCUUUAUAAUGUGGUUUUGGAUGAACCUUAUUAGACAUGAAACGUGCUUCAGAUUCACAGUUGUGGUCAGAAGUUUAGAGACACUCACCUUGAACUUGAAUGCCAUGGUAAUUUUAGGGCUUUUAAUAAUUUCUUUGAGCUGUUCUUUUUCCAAAGUGGAAAGAUUGUACCACGAACAAUAUUAAUAACUUUAAAAGACAAGAAUUGGGUGCACAAGUUUGAAUUUAUUUUUGGAUUUUCUCUAAUCCAUACAGAGUCAGAAGUAUCCAUACAUACAGCCCCACUAAUAUUUUGUCAUUUCUCUGCACCUUUGAAAGUUGCACUUCAACAACAAGCUUCUGGUUCUAUUCUGGCUUGAUAUUUGACUUCUCUUCUUUGCAGGAGGGUUCAUUUAGAUUGGUUGGUUUACUGGCACGUACAUGCUGUUCAGCCUAGUCCACAAAUUUUCAGGAGGGUUGAGGUUGGUGUUUUGAAAAGCCAAAAGCUUAAGGUUAAUCUGCUUUAUCCAAUCCAAAACCAGUUUUGUUGGUACACCCAACACCUACCUUAGAUUUGAAAAGAAGCUGAAGAAGUGCAUCCACUUUGUGCACUGUACCUGUACCACUAGCAAUAAAACAGCCCUGCAGCAUGAUGCCACCACCACCAUGCUUGACAGGCACGUGGCCUCUCCUUCAUGGUCAAUCUUGGCACAAUAGCUUUUUUUCCAAACCAAUUUCCUGUCACUGAGGGUGACAGAUUGGGUCUUCCCAGAGACCUUGGCAAAGUAGCGACAUAUCUGAAUAAACUUGUACUUGCAAAUGUAUGAACUGAUGAUCUUGGAGUCAGUACUUGUUUGGAAAUGGAUCUUGAACUUUCCUGUUCUUCUGAGUAUCAGUCAAUCCAGUGAGUGCAGUUACGCAAAUCCUUUUUAUGAUUGCAAAGAGAAACUGCCAGUUGUAGUCAGUCAUGUGAUGUUUACAGCUCUUGGCUAUUUUAAAUUAAAGUACACUAUAGAGCCUUCAGCACCACUUACUAAAAGACCAAAGUGAGUGUAUAUAUAAUUUUGAUCCUGUGGGGAUUAGAGAAAAUCCAAAAUAAAUUAAUACUUGUGCACUCAAUUAUUAUUAAAGAUAUGUGAUAUACAGUCAUUCGACCCUGGAAAAAGAACAGUUCAAAGAAUUUAUCAAAAGCUCAAGAUCACAUUAAGAUUUAAGUCACUAAUGAGUGGAUACAAACUUCUGACCACGACUGCAAAUCUCAAGAGGUUCUGUUUGUACUAAUAACUCUGACUUGAACUCUGCCAAAGUGUCAUAUGUGGGCUGCAGGAUGAAACUGCAGAUCAGCAGGUGACUAAGAAUGUUAAAGGUGUAAACAUGCAGCGAUGUAAUGAUGGCUAUCUGCCACAAAACAGGCUGACGAGACAGUUCGACCUAUGACUGAAUUUAGAGAAAUGUACCCUGAUCACUGAAGACAGAAAAUAUCUGUGGAUGUUUUUAGCAGGUGACUUUUGUGGGGGUCAUUUAGAGUCAUCAGUACGACCUUAUGUGGUUCCUCUCCCCAGCUUUCCAGCCAUACUAAAUAUGUUAUAUGUAACCACACUUACGUAUCGUAAUGGAAAGCUGAUCCUGCUUAGAAGAAACCAUCUUAUGACAGGAGUCCAGAGUCCUUAAAGCCUUGUUUCCACUGAGCUCCAGAGGAUCAUCAGCAGUGGAGCAUGGUGUUAGCUAUCUGUGUUAUACUGCCCUCUACUGGGCGGAACUUGAAAGUGUCCUUAGCGGAAGUUUAAAAUAGUUUGCAAAUCUCUUCAAAAUGUAACAAAAACCUCGAAUAAUAAACGCAAUCCACUGACGAAGGCGACUAAACGUGUUUUUCCUUAGACUUGAUAGCAAUAAGAUUAAAAAAUACAAAAGGAGCUCUUGAAGAGGGUAAAAUAAUUGAUCAAUUGUGGAAAAUGAUAAAUAAAUAAACUGUUGUUAACUCCCAUCUUGUAAUUCUGAGGUUUAUUGUUACACUUUCACUGAUAUUGCUAUAAAUGAAAUCAUGUUUUUAACCGAGUCUCACAUUAUUGUGCUGCCCUUUUUUAAUGUUUUGACGACUCUGUGCAUGAUUCAGUGCUGUAGAUUAUUCAUAAAAUCCACUUCUAAAAUAGGGCACGCAUAUUCAAACGUCAGGAAAACUGGGAUCAAACUGUGGCGCAAACACUUUGUUUAUGUUGUUGAUGUUUCGCGAGCUCUGCGUCAUAUUUUCGCACAGACUGAAGGGAAAAUGAAACUGAUGUUAAGUUUCGAUUCCACGCCAAAGCUAAUAUUAGAGCAUAUAUACAGAAGCUGCCUGCAGGUCAACAUUCACGAAUCAAACGCUGAUUAUUUCACGUCGACGUUUCACCUCAGCGGACAGAGUUAAUCCACAGCCGAGCAGCAUGGGCAGAUCCACAGAAUGGAUUCCUGCUUUAUGGUUAGACGUCUUUAAUGACCUGCUGUAUGAGGACAAUCAGCUUGAUUAUGAAGACCAGUGGACUCUCAACUUUAGCUACAGCCAGACAGACACAGUCACCAAGGACGAGAGGAAAAGAGGCUGGAAGGUUUAUGCCCACUGUGCCCGUGGAAAAUUUCAGUGUGCGUCCUGCAGAAAGACCUGGCCCUCAGCACGAGUGGUGGUGUUGUUCCGGUACCGGCUUCAGAGGGGCCGCGGGACAGUGAUCAUGCGGCCCUUCGGUCAGGCCUGUCGUCGGUGCCAAGAUGGUUUUGAGCUUGGUGGAUUUUCCGAGAAUGAGGUGGAACAUGCUCUGCUGAGGGUGUUUGCCAAAAUCAGGAAGAACUGCUACGGCGAGGAUGAUGAUGAUGACGACGAUGUGUCAUCCACAGAGUCCACCGUAGUGCGGACCAGACCCCACGAGGACACCCUGUGUGAGGCAUGCUGUAUGGGCAUUUGCUGUCAGGAUGACAGCUAGAAGUGUGUGCAUGCGUGUUUGUGUGUGUGUGUGUGUGUGCGCGUGUGUGUGUCUAUCAAAGUGUGAGUGCCAUGACAGCCUCCUUUUCCAGUUUGCACAUGAAAUUUUCUUCAGCAAUUUGAAGUUUAAAGGCUUUUUACUGUUAUGAAGGUUCUUGGUGUGGUAAAAAAACAACAACAAAAAAACAGGACCAAUCACCAGAUAUGAUAAAUUUUCUAUAUUUUUUUAUUGUAUUGUAUUCGUACUAAUUAAGUAAUAAAAUUUUGUGAAAUUGUGA